AUUUCCACAGAAUGGAGAUUUUCACCAGAUGACGUGAGAUUUUAUUAGCCUGCGCGCUGACUAGAUUUUUCUGCUGGUAAGCUUGUUACUGUUACUCGAGGCUGGUGGAGAUCGCGUUAAAUUGCAACAUCGAGAUCACCACAAAGAAUCCAGAGGAAACAAAGGAAGUUUUUGAACUUCAAUUUGUUCUAGUCUGUUAUCAAUUUUGCUUUGUUCUUAUUGCUGGAGAAGUCAUGAAUUCUAUGGACGGUGUAUCCCAAAAGAAAAAUCGCUCAGGCGUCUCGAAAGAAAACCAGAAAGGGGAAAGAAUAUGGAUAAGACCCGAUUUGCCUUCCAAAUGUACAUGGCACCUCGGAAUUGACCGAAAAGAGUCCCCCCACAAGCAUAUCGACUACCCAAGGAAAAAGGAAAAAAUCUUGCCAAAUAUUCUAAACUUCAUUGGGAAUACUCCACUUGUUAGGCUCAAUCAAAUUGGAAAAAGACAUGGGCUCAAAUGUGAAUUGUUGGCAAAAUGUGAAUUUUUUAAUGCUGGAGGCUCUGUUAAGGACCGCAUUGGGUACAGAAUGGUAGCAGAUGCAGAAAGGGAUGGAACAAUAAAACCUGGGUUUACUUUGAUUGAGCCAACAUCAGGAAACACUGGCAUUGGGAUUGCCCUUGCUGCUGCUGUCAAAGGAUACCGCUGCAUCAUCGUAAUGCCAGAGAAAAUGAGCUCUGAGAAGGUGAAUGUUUUGAGAGCUCUUGGAGCCGAAAUUGUGCGAACUCCAACAUCUGCAAGAUUUGACGCCCCAGAGUCGCACAUUGGGGUAGCGCACCAGCUACAGCAGCAGAUUAAAGAUUCAGUUAUUUUGGACCAGUAUCGCAAUGCUGGCAAUCCUCUCUCUCAUUAUGAUGAAACGGCUGAAGAAAUUCUUGAUGCUUGUGAUGGUAAGUUGGACAUGAUUGUUGCGGGUGCUGGCACCGGGGGCACAUUAACUGGUCUUGCCAGAAAACUGAAAGAGAAAGUGCCAAAUAUUACGGUUGUAGGAGUUGAUCCAUAUGGGUCUAUUCUGGCGCUUCCAGAGAGUCUCAACGAAACAGACACAACUUACUACGAGGUUGAAGGUAUUGGCUACGAUUUUGUACCAACCGUUUUGGACAGAAGCGUGGUUGAUAAAUGGAUGAAGAGCGAAGACAAGUCCUCGUUUUUGUUCUCACGGGAACUGAUCCGAUACGAGGGUCUGCUAUGUGGUGGUUCUUGCGGUUCUGCCGUUGCAGCAGCUGUUGAAGCAGCCAAAGACUUGGGACCAGAUCAAAGAUGCGUUGUGAUUCUGCCAGACAGCGUUAGGAAUUACAUGACGAAAUACCUGAAUGAUGAUUGGAUGGCGGAAAGAAGCUUCAUUGAGCUAAAGCCAGAUGACCCCAAAAAGACUUGGUGGUGGAAUGAAAAAGUAAGCAGACUGGAACUGAAUACUCCCCUGACAGUAUUGCCAAGUGUUAGCUGCCAAGAAGCAAUUGAAAUUAUGAACAGGGAAACAUAUGACCAACUCCCAGUAGUAAAUGAAGGCGGAUUCGUGCUUGGUAUGAUUACACUUGGAAAUCUAAUGUCAAGAACAAUUGCUGGCAAAGUGACCCCAGAGACCCCGUUGUCUGAAUGCAUCUAUUCUAAAUUCAAGAAGGUUUCUCUGAACACCAGCCUGGGUUCCUUAUCAAGAAUUCUUGAUCAUGAAUAUUUUGCAUUGGUUGUGCAUUCACAGCGGCUUUAUGCGGCGCGAGAUGAGUCAGCUACAAAAGAGAUCAUUUUUGGCAUCGUUACUCGAAUGGAUUUGUUACGUUUUAUUACAAACGAAGCUCAGUUGUCUGAUGAUGUUUUGAUGAAAGGACCUGACAGUUGAUUGACUUGCUAUGAAAACGGUCACUGAACAGAACCUUGCUGACGUAUUUAUACUUUGUAUUGAUAUUCAUAGAUUUGAAAUUGUAUUUAUUUAUAAUACUGCUAGUACUAGCUAAAAAGCAAAGGUAAUCUUUUCAACUCUUAAAUGCCUGUACCCGUGUAGCCAGACACGAGUAACAUGUUUGGAACAUUAUGUCUAGGGACCUCUUAAAAUUCAUAAUCCUUUAUCGAAAUGAUUUCUUUGCGAAUUAUGACGAAUUUUGCAAAGACGUUUAGAUAACUAACUACAAAUCGCUCGUCUUAAAGCUGGAAAGAUAGGUUAAUAUGAGAAUUUUUAGAAUAUUUUUUAUACAAAUAACCCUGCCCCACAUGUCAAGCGUUUGAUGAGUAGAGUGAAGAUCUAAUCAUAAGUUAUGGCAAAAAACUUAAUUUUUUACCUCUAGAAUCGUUUUUUAACUAAAUUUACCGGCGGCAUUUUCGCAUUAACGCCCCCGUUCCCAUAAACGCCUCCGUUCCCAUAAUUCUAGAAAUAAAAAGUAUACGUAGUUUGUUGUGGUUAUUGAAUUUUCUUAAAGUAUAUUUAGUGCUGCUA